AUGCCCUUGUUGAUUUGCGUGGACCCCCAGGAGAAAAGUGGCAGCCUCUACAGUCGGAAUAUCUCACGGAGGAGCGUACUGGACAUAGCGUUCGUCUUGUGGUGCUACAAGAAUCACUAUAGCUUCUCCAUCUACCAAGUGAAUGGCUACGGGUGCUACUGCGGAAGGGGAGGUGAUGGCAUCCCACUGGACGAGUUCGACAGGUGCUGUUUCACACAUGAUUGCUGCUACGACAGGGCACUACACACAUCAUGCUGGAAGGGAACCAGCAUCUACCUGAAGCCAAACUAUUCCCAGUGCAAACUAGGAAGGGCCGAGUGCCCUGAGUGGUCAGACCCCUGCUCCAGUGACCUCUGCCUCUGUGACAAGCAGUUUGGGGAAUGUCUGGCUAUAGCUACAUUCCACCACAAUUACAGCAACUACCACCACAAGUUGUGCAGUGAACCCAAGCAGAAAUGUCCACAUGAGGAGAAGAUCAACAUGGAGGCAGACACAAGAAAGUAA